ACCGGGUUUUCGAACGUGCACUUCCUCGACAACCGGAGGUCGCAAAAAGCAAAACUGCACAGUGUGACAACGGCGAAUGAUCACGUCGUGGUGGACCUGCCGCCUCGUGCGUUUAGGGCUGACAUGACUCCUCCCACAAUCGUCAAGUUCGGAUCCCGGCGAACUUCGCAGUUUCGCAUGACGCGAGUUUUGCCUGUGUUCUUUCUGGCGUCCGACGACUUUUCGCAACGACAUAAGCUCGCCGGGAUCCGACUCCGCGUUGUGCCCGUCUUGGGAACCGUGAUGGUUCUCCGAGUGCGGCCUGUUAACGUCGACCGCCAGUGCAACAGCGAUCCGUGCGGACUAUGUCGUUUGAUUGCUCGCCAACUAUGUUUACGAGUGUCAGCGUCCCCGUGUGUGUCGUUUGAUAGUACGUCUUCUUCCAAGGGCGAGGUGGAGCCAACAGGGACCUCCGGGAAGGAAUCACGAAAAGAUUCCACGAGGCGGUCGUCUACUGCCACGCAGAGGUGGUCGAACCAUUCGAGGUCGACAUGGUUCAUCGACUGGUGCUGUGGAGACGCUUCCAACCCCUCUGCGCAGCCAUGUGGUACCGUCAUCUUCAUCGAUGACAGCAGAAGGCGUAGAGUGCUUGGUGCCGUCUUGUGGUGGGAGGACGCAAAGGGGGGCCGGCGACAUUUCUAUAUGCAAAAAGUUUAUGGCGCCAAGGGCAACGUCGUUGCCAAUUCGAAAGGGACGUUGUUGGACCUCGAGUUGUGUGAGGGGUUCGGAGCGGGUGCUGUGAACACCCGGUUCUACAGAGAACUCGUUCUCGGGGGCGGUUUUGUUUUGGCGCGUGAAUUUUUCGACAUGUUGGAGAACAGAAACAUCGCUCUAGACGUCCCCUACGACGUCAACCCAUCCCUGGAGCUGUCAUUGCCGUUGAAGCUGUGCAGUGGUUGCGAGUCAAGCAGGGCAGCGGCGGAGGGCGGUGAUCUGGGUUCUGGUCCCGCCACUCAGCUGCACCGUGGCGAGAGUCGAGGUGAGUUCCACGAAAGCGAGCAUGAAGGGACUGCUCCGCCAUUGAGUGACACGCGGCGGUCUGUGUUGUAUAUUCCUGGGGUUCAGACUGAUGCUCCGGUUCAGCGGAAGAGUACGGGGCCUGCAGUACAGGUGGCGGCCUAUUCGGAGGUCGACUUGGAGGCGAGCAAGGGACAGGGUGUGGAGGAGGUGGACGCGGGAGGCCUGGGCUCGCAAGGAGCUCCGCAUACGAGGAGGGGGGAUCGUCCAGACGAGUUCGCCAGUUGUAUGAAGAAGUUAAAGAGCAAGGCCCCCAGGACUGCGGGGGAGAAACGCAAGGGGACCGAGGGGGAGCAGGGCCGGCAGGUUGCCAAACGACCGUCUUUGAGACAGAAGCAGCCUGCGUCUGGACCGUCUUCUCCACCGACAACAGGGACUCCCAUCGAUGUCGACGCCGGGUACUUCCUCGAGUACAAAGAUGGCGUUCGGACAAAGCAGGAGUUCGACAUUAGCCCUGCGCAGGUCGUCGACCUCGGGGACUGGGAGGACAUGUACAACCAGCGGUCCCUGGAUCCCGUGCUCGUGAAAGGGAUCAAAGAAGCGAUGCAGUUGGCAUUCAAAAACAAAGCGCAGUCUUACGAUUUACCAACCCUGAAGCUGGCGCCGCUGGGGCUUGAUAAACCGGCUCCGGGGACCAAGGCAGAACGUCUGAGGCCGGAGGAUUGGAGGGAUGAGCUGGCAGGACAAUACUACUACUACGCGGUGUGUGGGCAGCACAACGCGGCUGCCGAGAGGUCGCUGCUCAGCAGCGAGGUGGCCAGGAAAUACAAUUUUGAGCGGUGGCCUGCACGGAUGGUCUACUUUUCGGACGACGACUUCGAAGGGUACUUCCUUGUCAGUUCCCAGGACAAUAAGAAGGACCUGAAGGCGCCCCCACGACAGCUGAAGCUGUCAAUGAGGGACAUUAGGUGGCAGUGGAAGCGCGCCGGUUGCCCGCGUGGUGUUAUGAGGAACCCCAGCGGAAAACAGGAUCAGGUCCGGAAGUGGCGUGAAUUCUGUAAUGUCGCACUCAACAUGACAUCACACAAAAACUUGUGGAUUCUCGCAGAUCAGCAGGGCGAGGAGGCCAUCAGGAAACAAGGCGCUGCCCUGCGUUCCUAUUUCCCGUUGGCGAUGGCAGGGGAGAACGUCUGGAAACUGGCCGUCGAGUUUUUCGAGAAAUGGGAGACAGGCAGAUUGCUCGGACACGAUGGCGCAAAGUGGAUCAUGGGGAAGAAGAAAGUAAAAAACGUGAAGCUUGGGGCUGCAUACAUCCAUAAUGACAAGCUAGGCAGGAAGGAGGUCGUGUACAACGUCCCUGUGGAGCCACCGACAAAGAAAGGCAAAAAGGAGAAAGAGGAGGGCGAGUGGUUCGUGCAAGUGCCAGAGCCGGACGCGCAUUGUUGGAGAACGAUGGAGUCGCUGACAGACAACGAGAAGUGCCGCGUCCUGAAGAAGGUGCUCGCUUGCGAGGUGGUUUGGGUACAGGCGGGCUCCCCAGCGUUGGCGAAGCUCAGAAAGCUGAGCGUCCAGGAGGUGGUGAAUUUGGUGAAGUGCGACCGGGUGCUGGUGCGUCUGUUGAACUACUACCAGUUCAAGCACGACAAAAGGCCGGACACGGAUUGGAGCCAGAGGUUCCCGUUCCUGAAAUCAAGGUCCGCAAUUUUCAGACAGUUUGAGAGUCGUGGUUUGGAUGCUGAGUUGUGGGACGGGAGCACGAAAUACGUCACUGACUCCUCGCUGUUCAAGGACUGCCCGCCCUACAUGGGCUGCGACGACGACAGAUCGAUCGAGGCGACGGAGAAGCUGGUGGGUCACAAGAAGCUGUCCGUCGACUGGAGGAAUAAGGUCAUGUCCGUGUUGAGUGGCAGUAGACUGAAGAGUCGAGAGAUCGCGCUCGCCGAAGGCAUUAACCUCUCCUUUCCGGCCAGCAUGAACCAUCUUUCUUUCGUCAAGCUGUUGGAAGGGAAGUGGGUGAGGAGGACUCAACAGAAGAAAAGCUUCCCUGUCGGGAACAAUUUGUACACGGAAGACGACCGGAUGUACAUACUCUUCAAAGGCGACGAUUUGCGGGCCAACACGUCCGUCGUUUACGAGGGGAAACUGCCGGCAGGCGCCGCUACUGCAGUGCGGGUACCACAGAAGGUUACGCAAACGGAUGUGUCUGACAUCCCGUUCAACGCUUGCGACUGGUCGCAUACCUCGCCUGCACAUCGGGGCAUUGUGUACGGGGACAUGGAACGCAACCCCGCCCAAUUCGUUCAGCUUAUCGAAUCUGUCACCAAGAAGGGGGAGGGUGUCGUCUUCCUCAGGAAGCCACACGCGCGGUCAGUCUGGGAAGUACUGAAGGCAGGACGGCACGUCAUCGCGAUGGAAGGGAACUCCGAGCUCUUGCAAUUUACAAUUGAUCUCGUCAAAAGUGAGGUCAAUUCAGGUGCCCACAAUUGCGAGUUCAUGGUCGUCACCGAGACUCGGGCUCGCGCGUGGAACAACAAGACAGACAUGUGGUUCAAGUUGAGUGCGAGGAAGCGGAACAAGAUAUACGACUUCUUGUUCCUGCAAACGCGGCCGAAGAGAGACACUGGCGUCAAGUACGUGCGCCGCAAGGACCACAUGUUCACGUUGCUCGACAACUACCACGGCGCCUCCCGCAUGAACGCGAAGACCUUCCUCGAGAGGUUGAAGUCCCUUUACUUCGUGGAGUCAGAGGAGGAGCUGACGUUCGGCAGUUACUCCUCCUUGAUCUCCACGGAAGACGAGGAGACCACCGGCAUCGAGUUCGACGCGACCGAGGACGAGGAGGGCAGCAACACCGAAAGCCUCGAUCUGCAGCACGACCAGCAUUCUGCGCAGCACGCUACAGGGUCGUCCUUGGCAGGGUCCCGGGGGCCGGACGGUGGGGAGAACGAGGGCGACGAGGCUGGGGGCGACAAACGAGUCCCGGGGCGACAACACGAGGGCGACGAGGCUGAGGGCGGGUCUUUGGGCGACACCACGACAGCGGAAGGCAGCGGCGGGGUGGCGGGGGAGGCCCUCGGGCGUGUGCAGUCUACCGGUCCCAGUCCAGAAGGCUCGACACAGUCGGCGGACGUGCCCAGUUCAUCCGCCUGCUCGGUGAUGGCGGCCUUGCUUGCUCUCCGUGUCGGCUCGGUCGAAACGUUCAAGUCCGCCGGGAUCCGAACUUCAAUGCUUGCAGAGCAGACAGAGAGGAUGGACGCGCAGAGCUGGUCAGGACCGGGGGUGGCGAGUUGUCAUCCCAAAAUAGACAGCGGUGCGGUGAGGGAAGGGACUUCGCCGCCUGUGGGGGAUCGCCAACCGCUUCGGUCGGAGCGAGAGGGUGCGUGUGGAGGGCCCGGCGACAGGGAGACGGCGAAGUUCGUCGGGAUCCGAACUUCUCCAGGCAAGGCAUGUGGAGGGCCCGGCGACAGGGAGACGGCGAAGUUCGCCGGGAUCCGAACUUCUUCUGGCAAGGCGUGUGGAGGGCCCAGCGACAGGGAGACGGCGAAGUUCGCCGGGAUCCGAACAUCUUCAGGCAAGGGGGGCCAACCAGGGAUAUUGGUGCAGGUGGAAGGGGCUGCGUGCGGCGGGCGGGAAGGGCAUUCGUCGGAAAUCGACAUGGGUUCGGGCGAAGUGGCUGCAUUGCAUGCAAGGGAAGAGGGCAGGGUGAUGGACAAAGAGAAGGAAGUGAAGGAAGGAGACCCAGGGGAGGAAUUGGAGGAAGGAGGGGAUGAAGGGGAGGAAGAAGAGGAUAACGGAGAGGAAAGGGAAGAAACGGAGUUGGCUGGGUUGCUAGGAGGGCAGGAGGGGGAAAAAGGUGAACUCGAUACAGGAGACGACGAACGGUCUUUCGGCGACGACGAUGACAGAUCUGGGGAGUCGUCUGACGAAUUCGGGCAACUAUACGGAGAACACCGUGAGGAAGACGACGACGACGAUGACACGGCACUGGGUAUGGAGACACAGGUGGUCACAAGCCUUUCGCCAGAACGUGAUGACUAUGAGGUCGAAGCAAUGACGUCUGUCGUCGAUCUCCAACACCGGUUCAACGAAGCUCGUGUAACAGUCCGCCUGACUAAACCGAGUGUGCGUAUUGACAUCGAAGAAGUUAUCGACGGCAUCCUGGGCGACCACCACAUGUCCGCGCAGCCAUCCUCGACGCCUGGUGUCGACGACCCUCUCGACGUCAAACCUUCUGGGGGAUCUGUCGUCGAUUUCUCGCCGACGAACUCUCCGAUGCUGCCGCCGACCAUCGCCAGCGGAGGAGAAGGCGGGAUUGGGGGACGACAAGAUGUCACAUCCUCGAAAAAAACUGCCGCCGGCACUCGAGCUCUCGACGUGCUGGCCUUGCCCGCGCCAACUUCGGCGAUUAAGGAGCGCAGAGACAAACCAGCUGGCAAGCAGUGACAAACGCCACUCUGUCUUUGCGCCAGUGACUGCAGUGUCUGUCGAUGUGGGGAGUUCCUUAUAACGGCAUGCUACAGCCACCACU